AUGUCCUCACCGAUCGUGUCCUUUGCGCCGUUCAUUGGCAUGGCCGGGAUAGCAUCGGCGAUGAUCUUCGGAAGCAUGGGAGCGGCAUAUGGUAUGGCCAAAUCCGGCACCGCCAUCGCCAACGUCGGUGUAUAUAGACCGGACCUCAUCAUGAAGUCAUUGAUCCCCAUCAUCAUGUCAGGGAUCCUCGCGGUAUACUCCCUCGUCAUCGCCGUGCUCAUUGGACAAGACAUGUUUCCACCCACCCAACAGGUAUACAGUCUGUUUAGCGGCAUAAUACACCUCACAAGUGGUCUGUCGGUCGGCCUAACCUCGCUAGCGGCCGGCUACUGCAUCGGCGUAGUAGGAGACAACGGUGUGCGAAGCUUUAUGGAGCAGGACAAGGUGUUUGUCGGCAUGGUGUUGAUCUUGAUCUUCGGUGAGGUGUUGGGCUUAUAUGGGUAA